GCUGAAUCAGAAGAAUCGAUUAAAUGAAUAGUGUAGCUGAGUCUAGAAAGAUAAAAGUAAAAUGGGGGACGUUGCAACCCCGCAAGCCAUCAACUCAUUUGAUUGACUCAUAUAACUCAGAAGAGGCAAAAACCGAAAUCUAGACUCAACAAGAUGUGGAGAAACGUCCUAAGAAAAACUACGCUCUCUUCUGGAGAACUGGAAUUCUUGACUUGGAGAAGGGGUUACAGUUCGUCAACCUCAGGCCAUCCUGCAAGGAGAUUCGCUGCGGUGUGGGGUAAUGGAGAUUUCGGGCGCUUGGGUGUUGGGACUCUGGACUCUCAAUGGUCGCCGAAGCCUAUCAACUGCUCUUCCUUUCAUCACCAAAGCCUCAAGUCCAUUGCCUGUGGUGGUGCCCAUACUCUCUUCUUAACAGAAACUGGGAGGGUUUAUGCCACUGGUCUCAAUGAUUUUGGGCAGCUAGGGUCAUCAGACCCUAUAAAGUACUCUAGAGAGCCGAUUGAAGUUUUGGGUCUUGCAAAAGGAAUUGUGCACAUUGCAGCUGGUUAUCAUCAUUCAUGUGCUAUUACAGUGGAUGGAGAAGUUUACAUGUGGGGGAAGAACUCAAGCGGGCAACUUGGCCUUGGAAAAAAGGCUGCGAAAGCGGUUCAUAGGCCAACCAAAGUGGAAUGCUUGAGCGGGCUUACAAUUAAAUUGGCUGCUUUGGGUUCAGAGCACACAGUUGCUGUUACUGAUGGAGGUGAGGCUUUAAGUUGGGGAGCAGUUGCAUCUGGAAGACUUGGUCAUGGCCUUGAGUCGAGUAUUUUUGGUUUUUUAACAAGCAGCAGUGAAUAUACACCAAGGCUUAUAAAGAAAUUAGAGGGUAUCAGGGUCAAAAGAGUUGCAGCUGGGUUGUUGCAUUCAGCAUGCAUUGAUGGUAUUGCAGAAACUGGGUCUUUGUUUGUGUUUGGGGAUAAAGUGGUAGCUAAUCUUGGAUUUGGGGAGGCCAAGAAAGCAACCAUGCCAUCCAUGAUCAACACAUUGCCAUAUUCAGAAGAAGUUGCAUGUGGUGGCUACCACACUUGUGUUGUAACAAGAGGUGGGGAGCUUUAUACUUGGGGUUCAAAUGAGAAUGGUUGCCUUGGUAUCGGUUCUACUGAUGUUUUUCAUGCUCCGGAAAGAAUUCAAGAUCCUUUUCUGAAAUCUCCUGUUAGCAAGGUUUCUUGUGGUUGGAAGCAUACAGCAGCAAUUUCAGAUGGCAAGGUCUUCACAUGGGGUUGGGGAGGUUCUCAUGGAACAUUUUCUGUAGAUGGUCAUUCUUCUGGUGGACAACUGGGUCAUGGAAGCGAUGUAGAUUACAUAAAACCUACAAUGGUCCAUGUUGGUGAAAAUGUUAAAGCGUUGGAGAUAUCAUGCGGAUUCAAUCAUACUGGUGCCAUAUUUGGAUAUAUGUAAGCUUCAUCUUUAAAUUUAGCAGGUGAGAUACGUUUUUCAAUAUUUUUGGUGCGCAAGCAGGCAGGUUCGUUGGUUGUCUCUGUUGUCUGCUGAUUCUUUGACAUUGUAACAAUAAACGUGUUCAUUUAUUACGUCUUAUACUACCACAAUUUUCAACUGUGGAGUGUCUCAAAGCUGUGGAUGGUUGUAACAUUCUCUUGUAAUUUAAUGAGUAUGUAAAAUAAUGUAUAUUCAACAAAGGGUUAAGUUAUAGAAAGUAUGGAAUACCAUACAAGUUGCAUGCCA